AUGGCAACAACAUUUAUGGCUAUUAGUGUCAAAGUUCUAGCAUAUGUAGCAAGACCCUCUAAACCUCCAUAUUCCAUCGAAUAUAGCAAUAAUAUUCCAUAUUAUCAUAUUGACUUAGAAAACAGGGCAUUCUCGAGAAGGGAUGACAAGGUGUCUAACCGUUCUACUUUUAAGUUGAAUAGAGAUUUGCUUUCCAUACCAUGGAAUUCAGCAUAUUUGACAAACCAGUUAGUAUUAACACUAGGAGGCAAGGAUGUUCCUGCUCAUGUUGCCAGAUAUUCUAGAGGCACUGGUAUGGAGUUAGAAUUAUUGUUGCCGGGGAAUCUUACUGAUACUGCGUUAGCCACUAGGGAAAUAGAUAGGUAUUACACCACUAGUGAAUCAAUGAAUUUGGAAUGUGUGUGGGGAGCUAGUUCUAGAGGGAUUACCCCUGUUCGCUGCUCAGUAUGA